AUGUCCUCUCAUUCCGGGCCUAGAAGGCGGUCUGGAGGACCAGCGCCGCUAGUAGACGACACCACUCUGCGCUUGCAGCAGUUCGACGACUUCCGACGACGACAUAGCCGACAGAACCGCGAGAUUAUUACGGACAACAUCAACAGGAAGACUGCGAUGCGGAACCUGCAGGAUCAAAUCGAAGAGCUCCAGGCCGAGGUUUUGCAAGUCCGAGCUGAGAACUCCCGACUGCACGACCAGGUGAAGCGAAUGGAGAAGGAGUCAGCCCGACUAAGGAACAACGCGGCGCGGGAGGCACUAGCUGGCAUUCUGGCUGCUGUACCCGCUCUCACUAAGUUGAAGCAGUCGCUCGACACGCUCUCCCCGCCACCCAAGCCCAUAUCUCGACCGAACGGACAAAUGUCAGAUCGGACGUUCAUCAAUCCUAUGGCGACUCGACCAGCAGCGAGUGCAGCUGAGAAUGUAGGCUUGGGGAUCCUAGAUGAGGUUUCAGAGCCCAGCGACAGCCCGAUGCGUCGACGGAAGAGCUCGCCGCUCAAGCAGUUCCCAGUCCUCAAGAAGAGCGCAUACGGCUCACCGAAGCGCUCGCCGAAACGGACACCUCCACGAAAGCGCCGACGGGAGUCGGGUCUGUUGCCCCGACCGAUGUCUCCCGACAGCGACUCCUCCCUGUCAUCGCCGGAGCCGGAACCCGCCGUCGAGCUCGAGCCCAUGCCGGAGGCUGAAGAGUCGGCUUGGGAAGAGGGUUCGUCUGUCCUGGAGUUCCGGUCUGAGGCGAUCAUUGAUGAUGGUGGCGCGAUCACGCCGACACCGGGCAAUCGUCUUGGUGUGAAGGUGAAGGACAUAGCCGCGCAUCUUGCUUCGAUUGAUAUCGACAGAGAGGCGGAGCGUGCGACGCCGGAAGUCAAGAUCGAGCUGGAUGCAGGCGCGGACUUAGGAGCAUCGGUGUCGUCGCGCGACUCUGAGCCGAUCGAAGAGGAGGGCGGGCGUAGCCGGCGUGCGCGCACGAGCGUGAGCUACAAAGAGCCGAGUCUGCGUAAGAAGAUGCGCAAGCCCGACGGCGUCGGCGUCGAGGACGUUUUAGGCGGCAAGCGGAUCCUCGACACGGGCGUGCGACGUAAGAGCGCUCUGCCCCGCUCCGCAGCCAAGAUUGGCUUAAACGACGAGCAGAUCGACCUCCUCUCGACUAGCACCAGUACGGGGCGUGCAAAGUCCCGUUCGACGACACCGCGCGCUACGACGCCAACGACAACCCCGCCACCGUCGAGCCCCAAGUCGAGCCCGAGCUCCAAGACGAAGCGCGACGCUCUCGGCGAGCUGUCGUCGAACAGCAUCCCCUCUGUCCCGCCCAAGACGAAGCGGGCAUCGACGGCAUCGGAAAAAACGGCAGACGUGCCGAGGCGAGCGGGGCGUAGGAGCGCCGCCGUCGUGUAA